UUCCCCCCCAGACGAACCCGUGGAGAAGUGGUAAAGUUCAUUUCCAUCAUUCCUUCAUUCUUUAUUCUAGAUUUGGUCCUAUAAUUUCCGUUUUUCUGGGUACACGCGCGAGGCAGGCGCGCGCGUUUCGGCACCCGAACGCACAGAACAUUCUGGGCAUCUCCCGCGUGUCACCGUGCCACUGGGUCCGCGCGCGUGCUCGAUUUGAGCUGGACUGAGGGUUCACCCCUGGAAGACGGACGUCUCGAGCCGCUCAGAUGCGCGCAGGAUUCUUGGGAAUAUCGCUGCUGUUCCUCGGAUUGGUGACGCGUGCGCGCGCCGAGGAAUGUAAAAAUACUGUGAAGCACAGUUGCAGCUGUGAUGGCGUCAAAGGUGAAAGGGGCGAGCCGGGAUUUCCAGGUCGAUUUGGAGAACAAGGAGAAACAGGACCUCCAGGAGAUGAAGGCCAGGCUGGACCCAUGGGCCUCAAGGGAAACACUGGCGUACCAGGGAUACCAGGAAUGAAAGGCUCACGGGGAAUUCCUGGGAGGCCAGGAUUCUGGGGAAUCCCAGGCUUACCUGGUAUCCCAGGAAAUGAAGGCCCUCAGGGGCCACCUGGUAGCCCAGGAUGCAACGGCACAAAGGGUGACCCUGGUCCGCCUGGACUUCCAGGACCUUGUGGAGCUAGUGGCUUACACGGACAAGAUGGUCCUCCUGGCCCUAAGGGGGACACCUACUCCUUCCCUUUUCCUAAGGAUGUGAUGGGAGAAAAAGGUUUCCCAGGUAAAGAAGGCCCAAAGGGCAAGUCUGGAUUACAAGGCAACUGUGGACUAGUUGGACCAAUGGGAUGUGAGGGAUCCACUGGUGUAAGUGGAUCCCGAGGUAUUCCAGGAGAAAAGGGUCUAGAGGGACCUCGAGCAGAUCCUGGCCCAAGAGGUAAAAAGGGCGUGAGAGGUGUUCCUGGCGUACCUGGGCAGAGGGGUAUCAAACAAUUUGCAACACUACACAGAGAGCUCAAAGGAGAACCAGGGGAUCCGGGAGACCCAGGCAGCCCUGGAGUUGUGGGCAACCCAGGACCUCACGGCCUUAAAGGAGAGAAAGGAGGAACAGGAGAUCCAGGAGAUCUGGGGGAAGUUGGACAAAAAGGGUUUCAGGGAGAGUAUGGCUAUAAUGGCUUUCCCGGGAUCAGGGGAUGGAGAGGACCUCCGGGGAACCCUGGUUUGAAGGGGAAGAAAGGAGACAGAGGUUGCGCUGGUGCUUCGGGAGCUUGUAUUGCAAGAAAUACAAUUGAGAAAGGCCAAAGAGGACAUAAAGGCGUCCCUGGACUUCCUGGCUUUAAAGGUCCUCAAGGUAUGAGUGGUUUUCCUGGAAAUUCAGGUGAUCCAGGGCCAGGUGUACCUGGAAAAUGUGGGGAUCCUGGUCCCCCAGGCUUCAGUGGAGUUAAGGGCGAAAAGGGAGAACCAGCACCUCCAUUGAUCGGGCCAAUAGGACCGGUUGGAAUUCAGGGAAAACCCGGAUCUCGCGGUGACCCGGGUCCUAAAGGACUACCAGAAAUUCAUGAACGUCAGGGCCCAACAGGUGUGAUCGGAAACAAAGGCAUAGAAGGGCCAAGUGGUGACAGGGGAGAAACUGGAGAACUAGGUGAGAAAGGAGAACUUUGCAGCGUGUGCCAGUAUGUGGGCCCGAGCUCCGGACCUUCGGGGCCACCUGGAACACGUGGUGCACAUGGACCUCCAGGUGCAAUUGGACAACCUGGCAGAAAAGGAUCAAUGGGGGUUAAGGGGCAUUCCGGUGUACCUGGCAACCCGGGAUUGAUUGGUGAUCCAGGCAUGCCUGGGAAUCAGGGACAAAAAGGAGACCCUGGCUUUAUAGGACCUGGGGAUGAUGGGGACCAAGGUGACCCAGGAUUAGAGGGGAGCGCAGGGAGAAAUGGACAGAAUGGGGUGCCAGGAAGACCAGGAUUUAAAGGCCCAAAGGGAGAGAAGGGCAAUCCGGGUCCAUUCGGGGAUAAAGGUGACCGGGGUGAUUAUGGAUCUGCAGGAUUACCAGGAUGCCCUGGUGAAAAAGGACCUCAGGGCUGCCCUGGGGUCGGACCACCAGGGGUAGCUGGUGAGAAGGGAUGCUGUGGUGUACGUGGCCUGCCAGGUGAUCCUGGAGAUCCAGGUGAAAAAGGUGACCUUGGUACGGUGAUUGUAAUUCAAGGAGACCCAGGGGAAUGUGGAGCAAAGGGUCCUAAAGGUCUACCUGGGGAGCCAGGAUGUGUGGGACAAAAAGGGUUAUGUGGGCUUCAGGGACCUUGUGGUGAGAAAGGUGAAAAGGGACCGUCACUACCAGGAUUACCAGGACUGCCUGGUUUUAAAGGUGAAAAAGGCUUUCAAGGCAUUCAAGGUCCAUCUGGCAUUGGGCUUGCUGGUUGCCCAGGACCCAUCGGACAAUCUGGAUUGCCAGGGAUAAAGGGCGACGAAUCUCCUGGCCAUCCAGGGCCCAUUGGCAGACGAGGACCUCCAGGAGAUGAUGGGGAAGUUGGGCCUACUGGUGAUUCAGGUUAUCCAGGAAGCCCUGGAGUUCCUGGACAACCAGGAAGAGAUGGAUUUCCAGGGCCUAAGGGUGAUCCAGGGUUGGAUGGACAACCAGGGGUUACUGGUCCCACUGGAGUCUGUACUGCUGGGUGUCCAGGUGUCAAAGGAGUUCAAGGUCAGAAAGGAAUGCCUGGAGUGGCGGGAUGCCGGGGUCAGAAAGGGAUGCAGGGUGAGCCUGGAUGUAAGGGGCAAAGUUUACCUGGUUUACCUGGGCCAUUUGGGGAACCUGGUUCUAAUGGAGAAGCAGGUCCACCUGGUCUAGCGGGACUAAAGGGAUUCAAGGGGAAGAAUGGCAUGCCUGGAGGCCCAGGUCCGCGUGGGAAUGACGGGCCUUAUGGGAACCCUGGAUAUCCUGGACCUCCUGGAAAUCCUGGAUGCCCUGGACCACAUGGACCUAAAGGUAUGGCAGGCAUUGAUGGACAACCAGGUCACAGAGGUCCACAAGGCGCAAAGGGGGACAAAGGGAAUCCAGGUCCUAAAGGAGAACCACAGAAUUUCUGCAAUCCUGGAGACCCUGGAGACCCCGGAGACAUGGGUCUUCUUGGUCUGACGGGGCUUAAAGGGGACAAAGGCAUCAAAGGAACAGCUGGCAGCUGUGGGGAAAAUGGAUUACUAGGCAAUGCUGGACCACCAGGCCUUCCUGGAGAACGAGGCUAUGAAGGCUUGCCAGGUGAACCUGGUUACCCUGGCUGUGUGGGAGAAGUGGGAUUUUUUGGUCUGCCAGGCCCGAAGGGUGAAAAGGGGACACCUGGUCACAACGGACCACCGGGAGACCCUGGUAUUCCAGGAGAAAAUGGCCAAAAAGGCAUUAAAGGUGAACCAAGUUGCCCUGGACCAGGAAAGCAAGGAUUGCCUGGAGAGAAGGGUGAUCCAGGCAUACAUGGUCUUAAAGGAAAGAAAGGAGAAAGAGGAAUGCGUGGGCCUGUUGGUGGUCCCGGAUCAGAAGGGCUUUGCGGAGACAUUGGGGACCCAGGACUACCAGGCCUUCCAGGAUCUCCAGGAUAUCCUGGAGAGAAGGGUGUCGACGGACAGGCAGGCCCCCCAGGUGGACCAGGAUUGAAAGGGCCACCGGGUUGUUCUGGAUCACCGGGCAAUCCAGGUCCUCCAGGACCUAAAGGAAACCAGGGCAACGAUGGCAUUCCAGGGCAACGUGGAGAGAAAGGGAGUGCUGGAGUUCCUGGAUUUGGACCUCCAGGUCCAGCUGGUGCUAAGGGUACAACAGGUAAUAAGGGAGAACCAGGACCCAUGGGGAAAACUGGACCCCCAGGACCAUGUGGUCCAGUCGGAGACCCGGGCCCCUGUGGUGUACCAGGGCCACCAGGACCCCCUGGGAAUCCUGGCAAUCUGGGUUUGUGCAUGGACGGGCCCAAGGGAGAGCGAGGGCUUCCUGGACCACCAGGACCCAAAGGGCUCAGAGGAAUAUGUGGCCCUCCAGGACCACCUGGUCUCGGCUCGAAAGGAGAUAAGGGCAACCCCGGGAUUUCCGGACCAAGAGGAAUGUGCGGUUAUCCCGGAGAAACUGGCCUACACGGGUUUCCAGGUUUUGUUGGGGGCAGUGGUUCCCCAGGUGACAAGGGAGAAAAAGGACUAAAGGGUGAGACAGGACUUCAAGGUCAAAGAGGAACAGAUGGCGCAACUGGCCCACCAGGAUUUUCAGGACAAAAAGGGCAAAAAGGAGCACCAGGCACACCAGGGGACGUUGCAUAUUUUCAAAAAACAGCUAUUCCUGGAGAUCGUGGUCCGCCUGGUGCCCCAGGAGAGCGAGGACCCCCUGGAAUAUCCGGUCAACCAGGAUUUGAGGGGCCAGCAGGAAUCCCUGGUCCUGAUGGACCCUCUGGUGGAGACGGCAUCUCUGGUGUGCAAGGUUUACGUGGCCAGAAAGGAAGCAGAGGAUUACCAGGCCUGCCAGGAGAGCGAGGUUACAUUGGUACUGAUGGUCAGAAAGGUUCCAUGGGUCCACCGGGACGCUGUGUGUCCAGUACGACCAGAGAUAGCUUCCUGUUCACCAAGCACAGCCAGACACGAGCCGUACCAUUCUGCCCCGAGGGAUCCAGUGAAGUCUAUACCGGCUACUCGCUCCUUUUUAUCAACGGCAAUAAACGUGGACAUGGACAAGACCUUGGCACUAUGGGCAGCUGUCUACCGAUGUUCUCCACCAUGCCUUUCCUUUACUGCAAUGGAGGAGAGGUCUGUCGCUAUGCCGACCGAAACGACUACUCCUACUGGCUGUCCACUGACGCACACAUGCCCAGUAACAUGUCCCUUAUCUCAGGUGACUCACUGGUGCAGUAUAUUAGCAGGUGUUCAGUAUGUGAGGCUCCAGCUAACGUGAUAGCAUUGCACAGCCAGAAUAAUGCAGUCCCAUCAUGCCCUGUUGGAUGGCAUCCUUUGUGGCAAGGCUACUCUUUUGUCAUGCACACAGGCGUGGGGUCCGAGGGUUCGGGGCAGUCCCUGUCCUCUCCUGGCUCCUGUCUAGAGAAUUUCCACAGGAUUCCCUUUAUUGAGUGUCAUGGCCGUGGCACUUGUAACUACUACUUAAAUUCCUACAGCUACUGGCUGGCUGCACUGGAUCCUAGCCAGAUGUUCAGUAAACCAUCUCCACAGAUACAAAAAGAAGACAAUCCAAGCAUGAUCAGUCGCUGUCAGGUGUGCAUGAAGGAGCCGUCCUGCUCAUCCUGGUCUUCCUGAUUUUCAGAGACCUUUUAAUCUCCUGAUUAAGGAUUGAUCAAGGGUCAAUUUAUCCUUUGAUCGCUGACUUUUGGAAACAGACACGUUUGCUUCCAUCGCACUCUACAUCCAGUUACUGAGAACCUCGAGCAGGUUUUUGAAUGAUGGAAAGAACUAAUGGAGUGACUUUUUUUACCCAGCAAUCGAACUA